GUCACCAGAAGCCUUUCACUCACUCAUACACACUUACAUACACUCACACUUACAUACACACCUGCUGCUUCUAAAGAGGUUGGGUAGCCUGCCUACUGCCUCUUGUUUUCCCUAAGGACUCAUAAGCAACAAGACAAGCACUCCAAUGAUGGCAGACCAUGGUGACCCGUGCGGAGCAGCGGAGGCAUCGUACUGCAUGAAUGGGGGCUCCUGCUACAAGAUCCCCACCGUGUCCACACCCACCUGUGUGUGCAGUGUGAAUUACCAGGGGAGCCGCUGUGAAGAGUUCCAGCUGCCCAGUACUGGCUCGGACGGCACGGAGGCAGGCAUGAUCGCAGGCGUGGUCAUCAUCAUACUGAUCUUCAUCGCUCUCAUGUCCGCCGUCAUCUACUACGGCUGCAAGCUGAAGAAGAGCAAAGAGCCAAAGCAGCCCAAGACAGAGGAGUAUUGGAAGAUCCCUGCCAGAGCAUCGAGUGUAUGACACCAGCCAUAGCCUCCGUGUAGGGUGGUGCUGGACACACACACACACACACACACACACACACACACACACACACACACACACACACACACACACACACACACACACACACACACACACACACACACACACACACACACACACACACACACACACACACACACCAGAUCUAUGGCAAGCUUCUCUCAUACCAAGGUGCCUCUAACUGUCUGGCCACAAUGGAGAUGAAUUCAUGCUAUUUUUAUGAAUGAAUUUAUACAGCAUACUUAUUUUUCUUAAUAAUUACUAAUCUAAUGGUGCAGCCAACAGUAGAGUGACAGUGGAUGAAGGGGCCUUUGAUCUAUUGGCAUUAAUUUGCCUGUUUUGGGCCCACCCAUGGACAUCUUUGUCUUAACCUUAAAACAUAAAAAAAUGACUAUUCACAUUUCAAAAACAGCUAUUUAAUGUUAACCUUAACACAGUCCCAUGACAAGCAUAUUGCUAAGAAGGACUAAAUAUUAUUUAUGCUAUGAACUGCAUUGCAUUUGGCGAAUGUUGUUUUGCUUGAAUGCAUCUUAUUUGUAAAUAGCAUGGAGGUGCAAGAGCCACUGUGUAUAUACAAGUACUUUAGAAUAGAAUGUGACAUUUGGUGCUGAGUGCUGAAGAAAUGGGCUGUAAAAACAAUGCUUACAUUCAGCUGGCCAAGUUACAAGCAUAUUUAAGCAGAUGAAAUUAUAUUUUUAUUUUUUGCUGUGUGUUAAAUAAAAACUUUUAUAAAGAUUGAUCAAAAAACUACAUUUGCCCCAAAGUGUUUAUAGAUGAAGAAUAUAUACUACAUAGUUUUAUUGCUACAUAGUCUAUGAACUACAAUUAUUAUAGUUUAUGAAGUUGAGAGAGAAUCCCCAGACCGACAGAUUAAGGGUAUUUUCAAAUAUACAGUCCCCUUUAAGUGAACUGAACUCAAUCCUUUGUAAGUGAACCGAAAAGUGAACUGAAAAGUGAACAGAAAAAGAGUUUGUCUUCAUACUUGCUACGUGUACAUGAGACAUGUAAUUCGAAAUUAACUGACUUUAAUUCUGAUUAAAGCUUAAUUACGCAUUGAAAACAUCAUAUAACACCUCUUAAUUCUGAAUUAAAGGACAGAUCAAAGCAAACAUGUUUUUAAUUCCGUGGGGUCACUCUGGGUACACUUUGGAGCGUUGACGUAUAUGCACAGAAACUGCUGAGUCGCAGGUCUGAGUUCGCUUAAAUGGCUGACAGGGACCAAGUGUGAAAGGGUCCUAGGAGACUCGAACAUCGUCCCAUUAUAUUACUUUACUACGAUUUCCUGUGCUAGUCACCGUGUUGGCCAAGAGUAGGGUAGCCAGGUGACAGAAGAGAGAAUAUAGGACGAAAGUAACAUCUUCAAUGACCGCCAGACAGGGGAGAGCUUCAGAAUGAGAGGAAUGUGGAACUGUUAUGAUGUGGGCAUGUUACAUCAGAGAGUACAUUGCAUUCAUUUUUGUAUAGUUUAUUUAUAGUAGUAUAUGUAUAGUGCAUGUGUAUGUAUGUAUGUAUGUAUGUAUGUAUGUAUAACUUUAGUAUAUAUGUUUAGUAUGGUAAUUGUAGUACAUGAUGCUUCCCUUCAAAAGCGCUGCAUAGUUUUUAUGUGCAUUAGAGGGAGAGUUGUAUAGAAUGUAUUUACAGUAUUGACGGACCCUAUUUGUAAUAAAAUGAAAUUUGUGGGCAGUGGUGAUGCUUGAUUCUUUUCAUUGUAUUCCUACACUUC